AUGGCCCAAAAUAGGCUAAAUCUGGGUUUCUGUCAACCUAAUUAUACUUAUCCUAUAACAGAGUUAGUCUUACAGACAGAACUCCCCAAGGGAUGGAAAUUUCCUAAGUUUACCAAAUUUGUCGGUGACGCGACUGAUUCCACAGUUGAGCAUAUUGCUCGAUAUACAACUAAGGUUAUGGACAUGACCAAUAAUGAGAAUCUUAGACUGAGAUAUUUCCCUAGUUCUCUAACUAAAAACGCCUUUACAUGGUUCACUAUGCUUCCCCCGAAUUCAAUUAAUGAUUGGAAUCAGUUAGAAAAGUUGCUUCAUAAGUUUCGAUUGCUUAAAGCAAAUUGUUUCACACAUUUGCCUGAGCAUGAGCUUGUCGAAAUGGCAGCUGGGGGUUUAUUUUAUUCUAUUAGAAAGAAAUUAGAUACACAAUAUCUGAGAGAUAUAGCCCAGUUGGCCGACAGAGUUCGACAAGUAGAGCGCCUAAAAGUAGAAAAAGUGAGGGCGACUAGAAAUAAGAAAGAAAUAGUAGCAUUUGUAGACGUAAACGAGAAUGACCCAAUGUCAGACGUCGAGUGUGUCGAAGAAAAUUACGUUAAUUUAGCCGAGUUAAAACAAGGGCCACCAUAUGUAUGCAAAUUAAUUAAGCUGUUGAAUGGAAAGAAUCCCGUAGAAACAGAGAAAAAUGAUAAGUUCCCCAAGAUAACUUACACUUUCGACGUAACUAAAUGUGAUGAGACUUUUUAUUUAAUUGUUGUAGAUGGCUAA